AUGUCUGAUGACAUUUUUAGAGAUGCUUACAAACCAGCAGAGUACAAUUCUAAUAUUUCAAAAGCAAAGGUAUAUUUGACAACCUGUGCCAUUAACUGUGAUAGUCCAAUUGUCCUUGUUACAUCUGGCGGCACUACAGUGCCACUAGAAUGCAACACUGUCAGAUUCAUUGAUAAUUUUAGCACUGGGAAACGUGGUUCAGCUAGCACUGAGUAUUUCCUUAGAAGGAACUGCUAUGUUAUAUUGCUUCAUAGAUCUGGAUCUUUGAGACCGUUUUUCAGACAUUUUGAUGCUAACAUGGUUGAUGAAGCAUUCUCGGUUGAUGAAAGGGAUGAUUUGGUGGUAAGAAAGGAUUCAGAGCUGGGCAAAAACUUUAGAUCAAUAUAUGAUGCUUAUCACAAAUUUAGAAACAAACUUCUCAUGAUAGAAUUUGAAACAUGUAGCGAAUAUCUAUGGUAUUUGAGAGGUAUUGCUAAUCUGCUAACAAGUUAUAAAAGUAAUGCAAUCUACUACAUGGCAGCAGCGGUUUCUGAUUAUUACAUACCUCGUGAUGCCAUGUCAGAACAUAAAAUACAGUCCAGCGAUGCAGCACUAGAUAUCAAACUAUUCCCUGUCCCCAAAAUGCUGGGACAUCUCUGCAAUACCUGGUCUCCUGAAGCUUUCUCUGUUACUUUCAAACUCGAAACAGAUUCAACGAUACUGAUUUCUAAAGCUGAAAGGUCUCUUCAAAGGUACAAGCAGAAUCUGGUGAUUGGGAACACCUUGUCUGAUCGAAGGGUUCGUGUCACCUUCAUUUCUCACUCUAAAGAUAACGUGUUGAAAGAGAGGUUGUGUGAGACGAAGGGCUCUGAUAAGUCAGAACUUGAAGAGCUGAUAGUUGAUGAACUUUUAAGCAGCUACAGAUUGUGGCUUUCUUCUGAGUAAAUUAUGUUUAUAGAGAAAAGAAAUAUUGUAAAUUGAAUGGGUUGCCAAUGUUUUGAAUACUUUUGUGCACUUUUAAUUUAUUAUGAUUUAUUACAUUCUUAAUUC